AUGAGUCAACUUAAUGGCUACUAUUACCCUCAGUUUCCGUACAUGGUUGCUGUAUACUCGGAUUCUUUAAUUUGUGGUGGUGUACUCAUUAAGCCCAACAUCGUGUUAACUGCGGCUCAUUGUGUCAAAGACGCCAAAAAUCCACCAAAAAAAGUAUACGCUGGAGUAAUAGAUCUAAAUGAUCCUGAAUUUUUUUAUGCCACUCAAUCAAAACGUAUUGAUGCGAUUUACGCACAUGCAAAAUACCAGAGCAACGAAAACGAAACGUAUCCCAUAAAUGACAUCGCUUUAUUGAAAUUGGAAAGUAGCUUCAAAUUGGGAUUUGCCGUUAACGUAUUAGAAUUACCUAAUAAAGAGGAUGAUAUUCACAAUCAAAUCGCUAUUUUUAGUGGUUAUGGCUGGGACACAGUAGAAAUAACCACAAACUCUGAAGGAAAAUCAGUGCGACAAGGGUCACCUAGUCUAUUCUUAAAAUACGCCGAAGUAGCAGUUGAUGCACCAUCAGACGAUUAUCCUAAAACCAUUAUCAGAGGUCAAAUGCUGCAAAUAUAUGAGGGUAAAACCGGCGCUUGCGUUGGUGAUGACGGUGGCCCUCUAGUUACUAAUGAAAACAAGGUUAUUGGCAUAUUAAAUACUUUUACGUAUGAAUGUGAUGAGACCAGUAGUCCUUCAUAUUACACCAGAGUAUCCCAAUACUUGGACUUUAUCCAAGGAGUUAUAGACGGUAAACCCAUAAAAGAAGAAACUGAGUUUGUCGUUGUCAAUCAAGACCUAACAAAUGAUGUAUAAUACGAUAUUGGAAAAAGUAAAAAAGACUCCAAAUCAUCGAGUCCAAAGAUCCACGUUGCAUCAUAUUUCUUGUCUCCAACAAAAAUACUUUUAUUAUAAUAAAUUAUAAUUUGGAUAAUAAUGUUUGUAAAUCAUUGCAGAAGGCUUAAUAAAAUUUUACUAAU